UCGAUCAUUAAGGAAUUAUUUCCCCAGCUAUCAACCUGCGGCACUCCCCCGCACCCUUGUUCUACCCCAGGGCCGUCCUGAAUAGUAAUCUCGCCGACCCGACCGUCGGUCGGCCACGAACCUCGGUAACUCUUCCCCACGGCAGAAUCUCCGCGGGUACAAAGGAGUCGCAUUCCUUUUGCUGAUCCGAAGGCCACUCUUUUAAUAGCCUGUUGUUCGUGAUACCCUUCAUCGAUAGAUUAUACAUUUUCUGUUCAUAUCCGUUAUUGGAGCCACCGUCCAAUUCGCCGCUAUCUAGAAGUACAUACGCUCAAUCUCGGUUACAUACAGCUUAGAACAGGAACAAGAUGGGCUUCAACACUGCACUAACAAGAAAGCUAGGCAUCACAGUUCCUGUCGUCCAGGGUGGUAUGCAAUGGGUUGGAUACGCUGAACUCGCAGCAGCGGUCAGCAACGCUGGCGGCCUUGGAAUCCUCACUGCCCUUACCCAACCAACCCCUGAAGACCUCCGCAAAGAGAUCCGGAAAUGUCGGUCCAUGACCAAGAAGCCCUUCGGUGUCAACCUGACUCUCCUGCCCGCCCUCGUGCCCCCAGACUACGCUGCCUACGCCCAGGUGAUCAUCGAUGAGGGUGUCAAGAUUGUCGAGACGGCCGGAAACAACCCCGGUCCGGUGAUUACCCAGCUGAAGAAGGCCAACACCAUUAUCCUGCACAAGUGCACGACCAUCCGUCACGCCAAAUCGGCCGUCAAGCUGGGCGUUGACUUCCUGUCCAUCGACGGUUUCGAGUGUGCUGGUCACGUCGGCGAACACGACAUUACCAACUUCAUCCUUCUCAACCGCGCCCGUCAGGAUCUGGGUGUGCCCUUCAUCGCAUCGGGCGGAUUUGCAGACGGAUACGGCUUGGCCGCGGCCCUGUCGCUGGGCGCCGAAGGUAUUAACAUGGGCACGCGGUUCAUGUGCACACUUGAGGCCCCCAUCCACCACAACGUGAAGGAGGCCAUCGUGAAGGCCGAGGAGACAGACACCGCUCUGGUGCUGAGACGGUGGAAGAACACAACCCGGCUGUUCGCCAAUAAGGUCUCGAAGGAGGCGCUCAAGGUGGAGAAGGAAAGCAAGUCUGGAGAGUUCAGCGAUGUUGCCCCGUUCGUCAGUGGCAAGAGGGGUAGGGAGGUCUUCUUGAAUGGUGACGUCGAUUUCGGAGUCUGGACCGCUGGUCAGGUUAUCGGCUUGAUCCAUGAUAUUCCCACCUGUGCACAGCUGCUCCAGCGCAUUGAGAAGGAGGCCCUGGAAUCGAUGCAGCGGAACCAGUCGUUGUACACGGCAACGCCGCAGAGCAAGCUCUAAGUGGCUGUU